UGCAUCUGUGGAUGCGGGUGCAUUGUGGGGAGCCUGGAGCAGGUCCCACUGCCCUUCCUGGUGCUGCUGCCGCCUCAGUUUCCCUGUGGACUUGUGGCUUCUUUCUCUGGCAACACGGCACAUCCUCGCGGCUGGCACAGGGCAUGCAGGGGUCUGAUGCUGUGUGCACCGCCCGGCCUGGCCCAGCCCAGCCCAGACCCCCUGGACCACCCCUGCCCUCUCUCCACAGCUGGAGGUGGCUGCAGGCCACAGCCUGGCCGGCAGGGUAUGGGGACAGCGUGGGGGCCCUGAGACCGCGUCUGGGGCCCCAACGAGCCAUGACCGCGACGGUGCAGACGCUGCGGUUCCAGCUGCUGCCGCAAGACGCCAGCCCGGGCUGGGCACGCAGCUGUGAGCAGGAGAUUGAGCGCCGGUACCAGGUGGUGCCCUCUGUCGUCUGUGCCAUGUGCUGCCUCUUCGGCAUCAUCUACUGCUUCUUUGGAUACCGGUGCUUUAAGGCAGUGAUGUUCCUGACGGGGCUGAUGUUUGGCUCCAUCGUCAUCUUCAUGCUGUGCUACAAGGAGCGGGUGCUGGACACACAGCUGAGCGUGGAGGCCUCGGUGGGCAUCGGGCUGGGCAUCGGCGUGCUGUGCGGGCUGGUCACCAUGCUGGUGCGCAGCGUGGGGCUCUUCAUGGUGGGGCUGCUGCUGGGGCUGCUGCUGGCCGUGGCCGGGCUGGUGGCCAUGGAGCAGUUCUACCACCCGCCCACAGUGUGGGUGCCGCUGGGGCUGCUGCUGGGCGGGGGCCUGCUGUGCGCCGUGCUCACACUGCAGUGGCAGCGCCUCUUCACCACACUCUCCACUGCCGUCUUCGGCAGCGCCGUCAUGACCGUCACAGCCGACUACUUCCUCGAGCUCUUCCUGCUGGUGCAGUACGUCUACGAGCGCGUCAAGGCGGCACCCGCCCGACCCGUCUGCUGGUACAGCUGGGUCGUGCUGGGCCUCUGGCCGCUGCUGGCCGUGCUGGGCGUCCUGGUGCAGUGGAAGGUCACGGCCGAGGGCUACUCGCACACCGAAGGUAAGGGAGGGGCCGCAGGCGGCGGGUCUGGGGGUUGGAGGUCAGCGUCGGGCUCAAGUGACUGGGGUGCUGCUUCGGGGCUUAGGGCCCUGGGAGUGACUGUCUCAGUGUCUGGGUAUUGGGAACUCAUGCCAGGAGUGUCAGCAUUGGCGCUGGGGACAAGGAGGAUGUGGGGGGGUUGGCAGAGGCAGGGAGGUGACCCGCACCCCCACCCGCACCCGCACAAGGCUCACCCACCUGAGCCCGCCUACCGCCGCAAGCCCAACCCUGUGCGCCGCUUCGACGGGGAUGUCCUCUCCCCGAGCUACAUCCAGAGUUUCCGGGACCGGCAGACAGGGACGUCACUGAACAGCCUCAUCGCCUCGCAUGCCGUGGUUGACCUGGACUAUGACUGUGGCUCCACCGUGCCCCUGACCACAGGCGCGGGGCCGGCCGUGCGCGUAUAGCCCCCCAGCCACUGCAGGACACCAGCACGGGGCCCAGGGCUGCAGGAAGCAGCGGGAAAGGGGCUGCCCCACAUCCGCCCGGGGCCUGGAGGCCAAAUGGUGGAUCCACCCCCUGGGCUGUAGGAGAGGGGGGUUCUGCACAGUGCCCCCAGGAUAAGAGCAGUGGAGGGAAGGAAAG